AUGUUAAUAGUCGGGAACAAUAAAGUAUUGGAGGACACGCGACCACAUCACGCUAGGGAGGUGCACAGAACCUCAACAACAAAAUGCAGUACAGGUUCUCCACACCGCGAGAGGCGACGACGGGACGACGACGCCACGACUGCUGGAGGGUUCAGCGGUGCGUUACAUCGAACACCGCCACCUCCACCUCCGGCGUUGCUACGACGACUAGGAGUCAAAGAGCCCACCGGAGUUGGGAAGGUAAGUCCACCUAGAACUAAGUGA